AUGAGUAUACAAUUGUUUCACUCGUUCAUAUGGAAACGAACUCUGCUUGGUCUCGAAGGGGGGCUUUCUAUACUUCUACCGAGAAAGGCGACGACGACGACUCCGGGAAGUUCACUUCAAGAAUGGAUAAGAAGGAAAUUACUAGAUGGUCCAUCAUCAACGGAUGUACCUGAGAGCAAUACGAUAGAUACCGGGGUAUUGAAAGCUGUUCCCAAGAAGAAAGUGUCGCAUCAGAAGAAAAGACAAAGAUUAUAUGGGCCGGGCAGUAAACAAUUAAAGAUGGUACAUCAUUUGAAUGAAUGUCCCUCUUGUGGUCAUUAUAAGAGGGCCAAUACGCUGUGCAUGUAUUGUGUUGAUAGUAUUCGAAGAAUUUGGAAGGCUCAGAGUGUGGAAAGGAAUUCACUUUGGAAGGAACCUGAACAGGAAAUUGGGUUAUCUGAUGUAGAUAAGAAGAUUAUAUAUCCUGGGAAGAAACUUACCAGAGAUAUGGAGAAAUUGAGGGAUAAGGAUUCUUAUUUACAUCGUAAGAUGAGGACGUUACCCACGGAGAAGAGUCGUAAAUGA